AUGUUUGCUGGUCUCACUCUUGGUUACUUCAGUCUGGAUGAGACCGCCUUGGCCGUUCUGGCCCAGACUGGCACGCCGAAGCAGCGACGGGCUGCGGAAAAGAUUCUGCCAGUGCGCAAAGAUGGUCAUUUGCUUCUGACCACCCUCUUGGUCGCCAACAUGAUCUUCAAUGAAUGUCUGCCGAUCAUAAUCGAUCAGGUCCUUCCUCCCGUACCUGCCGUCGCGCUUGCGAUUGUGCUCGUGAUCAUCUUCGCUGAAAUUAUCCCUCAGUCUGUAUGCUCUCGUUACGGCCUGCAGAUCGGUGCUGCUAUGGCGCCGGCAGUACGUGUGGUGAUGAUCCUCCUGUGGCCUGUAGCUUGGCCUGUCUCUCGCGUCCUGCAUUGGGCGCUUGGUCCGCAUCACGGCACUGUGUAUCGACGUGCUGAGCUGAAGGAACUGGUCAACAUGCACGCCGCAACGGGCGGUCACGGAGGUGAUCUGAAAGGCGACACUGUAAUGAUCAUCGGAGGAGCGCUCGACCUUCAAGAGAAGGUCGCAAAGCAAGCCAUGACGUCGAUCGAGGACGUCUUCAUGCUGCCUUUGGACGCCCGCCUUGACUACCCCACACUGGAACAAGUUGUGCGCAGCGGCCAUUCUCGAAUUCCUAUCUACAUCGAAGUGGACGUCCAGCUUGGGAAAUCAAACGCCGGCACAGAGACUCCUAGCCGCCGUGGCCUACUGUCGGCAUUCUCACGCAAGACCAGCUCAGCUGGAAAUCUGCAGCACGCAAAUCUUACCACCCCAUCUCCCGACGGACAGGCUACGUCGGCUGUUGCAUCUGCAGGAAGCGGGAGUCCAUCAGGUCCAAUCGAUGUGGUCAAACGCAAGAAGAUCAUUGGAAUGCUGCUCGUCAAACAGCUGAUUCUUUUGGAUCCCGAAGAUGCCACGCCAGUUCAAGACCUUGUCAUCAAUGCCCUGCCUGAAGUGCCUUUCGAUGAGCCUCUCUUGACGAUGCUUAAUGCGUUCCAGGAGGGUCGCUCUCAUAUGGCUAUCGUAUCUUCCCGGCCUCGUCGCGCUUUCGCAGAAGCUGGUAGUGAGCUCGGCAGCAAAGCGUCUCUCACCAUCACAGCACAGACAAGUGCGACGCGCUCAUCUUCGCCGAAUGACAGCCCCACCUCGACCGUACAAGACCACACAUCCAAACGUUCGGCGUGGCUCAAGCGACUAGGGCUUCAGCACGAUCAAGACGACGCCGACAAGCUCGAGAGUGGUAUCAAGUCCGAGAAGUCUGACUCUGAAGAGAAGCCAGGCGUCGAUGCCGCCAAGCUGCAUUCGGAAGAGUCGAACGAGGUACAUAGCGAGUAUGGAAUGCCAAUCGGCAUCAUUACCUUGGAAGAUCUGCUCGAGGAGUUGCUCCAAGAAGAGAUAUUCGACGAGCACGAUGCAGAGGGU